GCUUGGAAGUCAUAGUAAAACAUUCCACGAUCCUUCCAGGCUGAUUAAUUUUUUUGUAGUAAAGUCAAAAAAAAAUUCACGAAUUUGCUAUUUUUUAGUUAAAAUAAUAGGAAUUAGAUGAAUUUAAGAGUGAAAUGGAUAAUAUUUACGCCCCAUUGAGUGAAGCCUGUGCCAAAGCAUUGAGCGACAAGACGUACGAUAAGAGAAAAUUAGCUUCACAGGAAGUUGAAAAAAUGGUCGCAGAGUUCAACAAUGCAAAGAACACAAAACAAAUCCAGAAAAUCCUCAAAGUGCUGGAGAGAGAAUUUGUGACGUCGCGAGAUUUGAAUAAGAAAAAGGGCGGAUUAAUUGCACUCGCCGGUGCCAGUAUUGGGCUUGGCAAGGACACUGAAGUCUUCAUAAAUGACCUCGUUCAUCCCAUCCUCAAUUGCCUCUCAGAUGCUGACACUAAAGUUAGGUACUCUGCCACGGAAUCUCUGUACAAUGUCGUCAAAGUGGCAAGAAGUUCAAUCAUUCCCAUCUUCCCGGAGAUUUUUUCAGCUCUCAGUCGUCUUGUCACUGACCCGGAUCAGAAUGUUAAGAAUGGCAGUGAAUUACUGGACAGACUCCUCAAGGACAUUGUGACCGAAUCUUCACAGACUUUUGCUCUGGACUCAUUCAUUCCACUCCUACGGGAGAGAAUUUAUGCAAAAAAUUCCUUUGCCAGGCAAUUUAUCAUCUCAUGGAUCUCUAUCCUCAAUGCAGUUCCGGAAAUUAAUAUGGUGGUGUACCUGCCAGAAAUCCUCGACGGACUCUUCCAGAUGCUUGAGGAUAAUAUGGUGGAGAUUCAUCGAAUGUGCGGCACGUUGCUGGCACAAUUCCUCCGUAGUAUACGCAAUGAUCCCGAUUCAGCUGAUAUGCCCGCAAUGACAAACAUCCUCAUUGGGCAUGCACAGACAAGCAAUGAGCUCAUCCAGUUCACUGCAAUCACGUGGAUUAGUGAAUUUGUUCAGCUAUCCGGGCCGAGGAUGAUGAAGUUUGCCAGUGGAAUUUUUACAGCAAUUCUCCCUUGUUUGGCGUACGAAGACUCCCGGAAACAAAUCCGGGAAUGCGCUCAGUUGGUGAAUAAGGAUUUACUGGAUUUGGUCUCAUCGAAGGAGGACAAAUUGAAUAAUUUGAAGAACCUCGAUUUGGAUUCAGUGAUGGAAGUCCUGCGGCAGUAUCUGGGACAUAGUUCUGUGCAUACCAAAGUGGCUGUUCUCAAGUGGAUUCAUCAUCUCUUCACAGAAAUCCACGAAGAGAUGUCCAUUCAUUCGGUUAGCCUUUUCCCCGUUCUCCUUGGUGUCCUCUCAGACAGUUCUGACGAUGUUGUGCUCCAGGGAUUAGUUGUCCUUGCGGAAAUUAUCAAUUCCAAUAGCGCAAAUGAUGACUUCAAGCAAACGCAGUAUAGGAAAUUCCUUCUGAGUCUCCUCAAUUUGUUCAGUGAGGAAAAAUCCUUCCUUGAAAAUAAAGGAUCCCUCAUAAUUCGUCAGCUUUGCGUCCUGCUCAAUGCUGAACUGAUCUAUCGGACUUUUGCUGAAAUUAUCUGCGAAGAAACAACAAAUAUUAAAUUUGCAUCAACAAUGGUGCGAACAUUGAACACCAUCCUCCUUACGUCUUCUGAACUCUUUGAUCUCCGGAAUUCCCUCAAGGAUAUCCGGAAUAAGAAAUCUGCCACACUCUUUGAGUGCCUCUACAAAUGCUGGGCUCAUUGUCCCGUCUCGACGUUAUCCCUCUGCCUCCUGGCACAGUGUUAUCAGCAUGUUUCCGCCCUCGUUGUCAUCUUCGGAAAUCUGGAAGUAACUGUGGAGUUCCUCAUGGAAAUUGACAAACUCGUCCAAUUGAUUGAAUCCCCAAUUUUUGCAUCAUUACGCCUUACGCUGAUAUCGCAAGAUAAGAAAUCCCAGGAUGCUCAAUACUUGGCACAAGCUCUCUUUGGGAUUUUGAUGCUUCUCCCCCAAACGGAUGCCUUUCAUCUGCUGAAGAAUCGCCUACAGUGCGUCCCAAUGUACUGGGGGCACGCCACACAGGCUGAGGGAACGCAAUCCAUUGAGAAGCAGAGUUCAAUUGAUUUUGAUGCCCUCCUUGUGCACUUCCAGAAAGUCCAGCAGUACCAUCAUCAGCAGCGAAUGAUCCAAAGACGAAGAAGUAUUGUGCUGUGGGAAUGAAGCUAAAUGAAAUAAUAAAUCAUAUUGAAAAAAAAAA